AUGACGAGAGAAGAAUCCGAGGGGCCCCCGGGGGGCCCCUCGGCAUUCCCUGCAGCAACAGCAGCAGCAACAGCAGCAGCAGCAGCAGCAGCAGCAGCAACAGCAGCCGCAGCAGCAGCAGCAGCGAGCUCGUCGGAUGCUGCGCCUGACAGGUUCAAGGCAGCAGAAGUGGAGCUGCGGGAGACAGACUUCGCACAUAUACUCCUCAGCCAGCAGCCGCAGCAGCAGCAGCAGCAGCAGCAGCAGCAGCGAAACCAGCAGCAAGAGCAGCAGCAAGAGCAGCAGCAGCAGCAAAAGGAGAAGCAGCAAAUACACAGAAGUGUCGUCGGGCUGAGGGGUCUUCCUGGCCAAUGCAUGUGCUUCGAUGAGCUCCCUCUUGCUGCUGGUGCUGCUGCUGCUGCUGCUGCUGCAUGCAGGAGCAGAAAGGGGUCGAGAAAAGCAGCAGCCAGCAGCAGCAACAGCAGCAGCAAGAGCAGCAGCAGAAACAGCAGCAGCAGCAGCAGCAGAAUGUAUUCAGAUAUACCAGAGAUAGCUGUAGCAGCGGCCAGAGCAGCAGCAGAAGCUGUUGUUGCUGCUGCUGCUGCCGUUUCUGCUGCUGCUGCUGCUGCUGCUGACAGAGACUCAAGCGAAUCCUCCCGUGCACCCCGCCCACCAACAGCAGCAGCAGCGGCAGCAGCAGGAGCAGCAGCAGCUGCUGCAGCAGCAGCAGCGGCACCCGUGUACGCAAUCCCCCGCUGCCCUGGGGCCUAUCUGCUGCUGGGGGCGCUGCAGCUGCAGCAAGCAGCAGAAGUGGAGCUGCGGGAGACAGACUUCGCACAGAUACUCCUCAGCCAGCAGCAGCAGCAGCAGCAGCAGCAGCAGCAAGCGCAGCAGCAAGAGCAGCAGCAAGAGCAGCAGCAGCAGCAGCAGCAGCAGCAAAAGGAGAAGCAGCAAAUACACAGAAGUGUCGUCGGGCUGAGGGGUCUCCCUGGCCAAUGCAUGUGCUUCGAUGAGCUCCCUCUAGCUGCUGCUGCUGCUGCUGCUGCAUGCAGGAGCAGAAAGGGGUUGAGAAAAGCAGCAGCCAGCAGCAGCAACAGCAGCAGCAACAGCAGCAGCAGAAACAGCAGCAGCAGCAGCAGCAGCAGAAUGUAUUCAGAUGUGCCAGAGAUAGCUGUAGCAGCGGCCAGAGCAGCAGCAGAAGCUGUUGUUGCUGCUGCUGCUGCCGUUUCUGCUGCUGCUGCUGCUGCUGCUGCUGCUGACAGAGACUCCAGCGCAUCCUCCCCUGCACCCUGCCCACCCACAGCAGCAGCAGCGGCAGCAGCAGGAGCAGCAGCAGCUGCAGCAGCAGCAGCUGCUGCUGCUGCAGCACCCGUGUACGCAAUCCCCCGCUGCCCUGGGGCCUAUCUGCUGCUGGGGGCGCUGCAGCUGCAGCAGCAGCUGCUGCUGGCUGAUGAAGCGUUCUCUUCUCUGCUGCGGCCCCCAGCUGUCUGCAACCUCUGUCAAAACCUGCAGCAGCAGCAGCAGCAGCAGCAGCAACAGCAGCAGCAGCAGCAGCAGCAGCAGCAGCGGGGGGGCAGCAACGGGAACGGAGACUCUACAGCAGAAGGGGCUCUUCUUGCUGCUUCAGAGGCAGCAGCAGCAGCACGCGAAGCAGCAGCAGCAGCAGCAGCAACAGCAAUAGCCGCAGCAGGAACACCAGCAGCAACAACAACAGCAGCAACAGCAGCAACAACUGCAGCAGCAGCAACAGCAACAGCAACUCCUGCUGCUGCUCCCCAUAAGUGCAGCCGCUUGCUGUGGCUGCAGCAGCAGCAAAAGCUUUCAGAUGCGGAGCUGCUGCUGCGCAUGCCCUGCAGCAGCAGCAGCAACAGCAACAGCAGCAGCAGCAGCAGCAGCAGCAAUCUGUAUCAAUCGGCAGCAGCAGCAGCAGCAGCAGCAGCAGCAGCAGCAGCGGCAGCAGCAGCAGCAGCAGCAGCAGCUUGUCAAAACCUGCAGCAGCAGCAGCAGCAGCAGCAGCAGCAACAGCAGCAGCAGCAGCAGCAGCAGGGGGGCAGCAACGAGACCGGAGACUCCGCAGCAGAAGGGGCUCUUCUUGCUGCUUCAGAGGCAGCAGCAGCAACAGGCAAAACAGCAGCAACAGCAGCAGCAGCAGCAACAGCAAUAGCCGCAGCAGGAACACCAGCAGCAACAACAACAGCAGCAACAGCAGCAACAACUGCAGCAGCAGCAACAGCAACAGCAACUCCUGCUGCUGCUCCCCAUAAGUGCAGCCGCUUGCUGUGGCUGCAGCAGCAGCAAAAGCUUUCAGAUGCGGAGCUGCUGCUGCGCAUGCCCUGCAGCAGCAGCAGCAACAGCAACAGCAGCAGCAGCAGCAGCAGCAGCAGCAGCAAUCUGUAUCUAUCGGAUGAGCAGCAGCAGCUGCUGUGUGCUGCAGCAGCUUCAGGUAUAGAUGAAGCAGCAGCAGAGCAGCAGCUGCUGCUGCUGCUGCUGCCGCCCCCUGCUGGCCUGCGUUGGUCUUCUAUUGGCUCCCAGAUCUAUAACUGGGGCUCGCGCACAUACUACAACGAAGCGCAGCAGCAGCAGCAGCAUCCGCAGCAGCAGCAGCAGCCGCAGCAGCAGCAGCAGCAGCGGCAGCAGCAGCGGCAGCAGCAGCAGCAGCAGAAGGGGGUUUCGGAGGCAGCAGGAGGAUACGGCGGUGGGGGCAGUAGCGCUCCUCCAUGCGGCAACAGAAGUAGCAGCAGCAGCAACAGCAGCAGCAGCAACAGCAGCAGCAGCGACAGCAGCAGCAGCAGCAGCAAUGGCAGCACUAGCAGCAGCAGCAGCAGCUACAGCAGCAGCAGCAGCAGUCCGCCGUUGCCCCCUGUACUGCAUCGGAUUUCCGGUUGGGCCCUGCAGACAAUAUCCCUGCAGCAGCAACCUGCUGCUGCUGCUGCUGCUGCUGCUGCUGCUGCAGCUUCGGCUGCAGCAGAGUUAGCUGCGAAGAUUCAGACAAUAUACCUACAGCAGCAACCUGCUGCUGCUGCUGCUGCUGCUGCUGCAGCUUCUGCUGCAGCAGAGUUAGCUGCGAAGAUUCAGACAGCGCUAGUGAAUGUCUAUCGGGGGGGGGAGAGGCUGCGGGGUCACCGCGACGACGCAGAGAUAAACAACCACGUUCCUCUUGUUUCUAUCAGCUUAGGCCUUCCCUGUCUCUUUCUCCUGGGUGGCAAUACGCGGCAGUAA